CCGCACUUCCAUGCAUUUUUUUUUAGUUAUGGAGUGACCUGAAUUUGUACUAUCACAGAUAUUUGUGGCAUGUGUAACUAACAUACGCGGGAGCGCAUCGGCUGCUAGUGACACAAUGAAUGAUUAUAGAAGAAAACGACAUAGUACGAGUGUUAAAAGUCGGUUAGAUCAUGGGGAUCAGCAGAGAUGUGGACUGCAAAAUACUGGAGCUCAACGGCCGAGAAGUCUGCACACGAACGCGCAUCAUCCCAAAAUAGCAUAUACGGGCACCUGUUGCCCAAUUUACAACACACCGUGUCUUGGCAGACAGCCUAAGGAACACAGGUGCAGAGAAUGAACAGCUUAGACCAUGUCCGAAAGAUAGUGCAAGAGGAGGGCCGCACAGCUCGUAACUUGGUCCAAUAUAGCCUACCUCUAGAAGACCAGAAUGAGAAUACUAUACAAAGUCGAAGUCGGUACCCAUUAAAAACUGCCAGACGAGGUGAACGAAUGAAUUCUCAAUCAGCUUCUGGAAAAACACCCCUCCUGAUAGUUUUCAACGCCAGCGCUGUCAGUCAGAACUCACAAAAUCACCUAGUUCAGAGCACAGCUCGAAGAAAAAUAUUGUGGACCUACGAGCACGUUACUGGAAAUUUUUGUUUGACAAUUUUCAGCGAGCUGUAGAUGCUAUAUAUCAGACCUGUGAACAGGAUGAGAGUGUGGUGGAGUGCAAGGAAGUGAUCAUGAUGCUGGAACAAAGCACUAAAGAUUUCAAAUCAUUAAUUGAGCGUCUUCACCUUAUGAGAGCAUAUGAAGAUGCUGCAAAAGAUGGUGACAGACCUACCUCCAUUGCGUGGGAAGUGAGAAAAAUGUCUCCAGGAAAACACUCCUCAGCUUCACCAGGUCCUGUGAUGCACCUCUCCUUUUCGGUGUCUGAAAAAUCACAACCCCAUGGGAAAGCAGUUGUUGGUAACAGCUGGGCUGACAAAGUAAGAGGCGCCAGAGCCAUCACUUUCAACACACCUCCCUCUCCCAGAAGUCCAAGAUGUGGCAGUGGGACAGUGGCAUCAGUUAAAACAAGUGGAACAACACCUGGGUUGGGAAAUGCUGCCAUCGAUAAUAACACAGCUAACGUUAAAAAUACCCAAGAUUCAGAAGAAGAGGAAGAAGAGGGUUGGGAAAAAGUUCAGAGAGGUGGACGUCUGAAAGCUCGCCAAUCACCUUCACAGAAGUCUCUUGAUAAUGUGAAUGAAAUGGGAAAAAGUGGAAAGAAGAGUCUGACACGCUCGAUCUCUGCACCUGAUUCAACAACCAAGGAAAAGCCAGGCAUGGUCAGUGGCUCCCAGGAUAAACAUGGGGUCCAUCAGUCCAUGCAAGCCAUCUCCGAGCAGGAUCUUUCAGAUUCUCGUAAACGGUUGGACAGCAAAGGCAGUGAAAAAGAAAAUAUACCAGAUUUAGAGAUAAACAACACUAUAAAUGAGAAAAUUCAACCUGCACAUGGAGACCAUAUCUUUAAGAAAAAUGAAAAGCAGAUAAAGGAGGACUCAGCCAAAAAAGUGCGCAGAGAGAUCUUUGGCCUGACUAAAGACAAGGGAGACGACUCUCCAUUGACAGAAAAAAGCCCUGAAGAGAAAGAAGGAAACUCUGAAGAAGAAAAUCUGGCAGAACAUUUGAACAAUAAGCUGGCUGUUGUUCUGGCUCAAGAGGAUGCCUUAAGCAAUGAGUUGGAGGCAGAACAGCAGGAAGCCUUGGCCUCUGCCAUUGAGGAGGAGGAGAACUGGCUGCAGGCCUUGGCCCAGGAACAAAGUUCCAACAUUGACAUCUGCACAGACACUGACAGUGACCUUGGAAAUACAGUGGGAUCUUUAGAAGAAUCUCAGCCAGCAAUGGAUUGGGAUGCAUUGGUAGCUGCACAUGAUGCUGAGCAGGCAUCAAGGGGGAAUAAAAGUUGGGGGGAGCUGGUAGAAGAAGCAGAAGCAAGAACUCCUGGACAUGGAGUUCACAUGCAUGAAAAACUGUCUUCACCGUCUAGGAAAAGAUCCCCCACGGAAUCAAGACGGCGACAUGAAGAGAAGCAGGCCAAAGCACAGGAACUUAGAGAGAGACUGUUGCAGGAAAAGGCAGAGCGUCUUAGAGAAUUGUCUAAGAAGGUAGAGGAGGUGCGAACACUGAAGGAAGAGCUCAUGCGACAAGCACGCUUAACAGUUGAGCAAAAACUUCAGCGAGCAGAAGAGAAAAGACAGCUGCAUUUGAAAGAAACAGCUCAGAAGGCUCAUGAAGAGAGAGCUAAGGCAAAUGAGAUUGCUUUCAUUAACACUCUGGAGGCCCAGAACAAAAGGCAUGACAUAAUGUCUAAACAUCUGGAAUCAGAAGCCCGCAUUCAGGAUAUGAUAGAAGAGAGACACAGGAAACACGAAGAGAAGCAGGCCAAAGAGGCAGCAGUAGAGGAAAGGCGGCGUGCUCUGGAGGCCGAACGCGUGGCUAAAUUGCAAGAUAUGCAAGAACGGCGGAAGCAACGAGAUGCGCGAAUUCAGCAGCAACAGCAGGAGCGAGAAAAAGAGAGACACGAGGCUAUGCGGGCCAAGGAAAAGGACCGUGAAGUUCGUUUGGCAGCAUUAUCAGCCCAACAUCAGGCACAAAAGGAAGAGCUACAGAAGAAGAUCCAACAAAAACAAGAUGAGACCACACAGCGGCAUGAGGAAUACCUGCGAAGCAUCAGAGAGAAGGCUUUUGAGAUGAGUGUCCUGAGACACUCUACAGAAGAUCAUAGUGAUGCACCUGAGCUAACGCCAUAUGACAAAAACAAGCUCUGUAUUAUCUGCAAUGUGCUGAUUCCUUCUGAGGUGUAUCUGCAGAGUCACCUGAGAGGUAAAAAGCAUCAGCAAGCAUUGAAGGAUAAUAACUCUGGUAGCGUUAUGUCCAAGAAUGAAAUAGAAUCCUUUAAUUUGAAACACAUUGUUGAUGCCCCGGACAACAGCAAUCAUCCCAAAAUUGUUACAGAGAAGGAGCGUCAAAAGUCAUUAAAAAAGCGAUGCAAGAAGAUACGACAGCGCAUGAUGUCAAGGGGAGCUGAAUAUGAAACCUCUCUCUCCAACAAGCAACAGACUGCAGAUUCUGAACACAAAGCAAAGCUGCAGAAACUUAUUAAAGAUGUCUCCAAGUAUCUGCAACAGCAGGACACUGGACCCUGGCCACAAAACAAGGUUUCAGCUUUAGACCGUGCAUUGGGAGAGAUGACCAGGAUAUUGGAGAGAAAGAAUCUUCCAGAUCAGAACACUUUCCGUGUUCUUGGUGGACUGACAAGUCUCAUGCGCGUUCUAGGCUCAAUAGAGGAUUCUACCCCAUCCAAACCACCUGUCAUACCAGCAAAGUCUUUAAGCCUGGCUUGUGAAGUGUAUCGCCUGGCAUGUAAAGGCUGCUACGAGUCGUGCCGUUACACUCUCUUCAGCAACAAGAUCGGCGUCCUUGUCGAUUACUUGAUUCAUAGACUUUCGAUCAUGAUCCCCUCCGACUCCAGUCUGGAGCGCGGCUUGGGCGGCAGCAGCCUUGGAGGUCUGGGAAGCUCUGUCAGCUCUCUCCCCUACGACGGCGUGGCCACCAGCCUGAUGGCAGUACUGACCACAGUGCUGUCGUGCCUGGCCAAGCACAGUCCGGCCUCCAACAGCAGCGAGGCCAGUCUGGAACGCAUGAGCGCCGCUGGCGACACCAUGGCCAGCCGCAGCAGUGACAUCAUCAGCUACAUCAUUAGCGUGGGUGUCAUCGACAAGCUCCGCUGGUACUUCAGCGCCGUGCGGGGCCCCGUGGACAGUGACAAGAACGCGCAGGACUUCCUGCACAACAGCCUGGGCCUGCUUGUGGCCAUGACCAAGUUCAUCUCAAAACGAAACAACACUAUCUUCGACAAGAAGAAAAUCGACGACCCUUCGCAGCUCAUCUCCACCUUUGAAGCCACGGAUUUGGUGGGCAUUGUCUCCCUGCUGUACGGCAUGAUGCUGUACUCUGGCGCCCCCUCCAGGAGCGACGUGGCUCCUCCAGAGUUGUCUGCUCAGACGCUGGCCAUUAUCAUCAGCGGCUUGCGAAUGCUGAACCAUAUGGCGCUGCUGGACCUCAACAUGCUGCAGCGAACACUUGGAGAGGAAGCCAUGUCUCUGGAGUUUCGCCACAUCGCCAGCUACCUGAUCUGGUACAGCAGCCACCCUCUGUGUGAGGACCUGCUGCACGAGGUCAUUCUCUGCGUCGGCUACUUCACGGUGCUGCAUCCGGACAACCAGGUGUUGCUGCAGUCAGGGCAGCCUCCCACGGUGCUGCAGCAGCUGUGCUCGCUGCCGUUCCAGUACUUCAGCGACCCGCGGCUGACCCAUGUGCUGUUCCCCACGCUCGUCGCCUGCUGCUACAACAACCAGUCCAACCGCCUCAUCCUCGAGCAGGAGCUCAGCGGAGCGUUGUUGUCCAACUUCAUCGAGGAGCGCCUCCUGGAGCAGCAACAGUCCAAGGUGAUGCCGUCCACCGUUAAGAAAACUAAGGGACAAGACAAAGAAGCGAGAGAUGCGGAGACCCGCAUGUCUCUAUCAUGCCGCUUCCCUCAAGAGCACUGGGGGGCUGCGGAGCAGUACUUCAAAGUCGCCCUGUGAGGUCUGCCGGGCUGAUGACGUGCCACGCCGCAUCCCACUGGGCCGUGCGCUGGUGACGUCAUAUCCGCCCAGGGCUCGACCAUAGCGCCAUGGCGCUAGACAUCUAGCCAGACCACCUACGCCAUGCUGCGGUCAUCGAUUCCAGACCUCACAUGGACACUUAAGUGACUCAGGAGAAUAUGGGAGUCGACCAUCGAGUUGUGAACGAAAGAGAAUCGAGCAAGCAAACAAACCUUGCCACGGUCUUUCUGUUGUGAGAGGUAGUAGGGGGGAGGGUGACUUUUUCCGCCCUCUUCCUCGUUAUCCUUUACAUACAUUUGCAGCUGAAACAAGCGGCCGCGCGAUGUGAUUACUGCAGGAAAUGUCGCCUUGCGAAGAGGGAGAACAGCAGUCGAUCAGGGUUCGUGGAAAGAUGGUCGGAUGGCGUCAUCACCAUAGCGGCAGGAGGCAGCGAAAGUUCACACAAAUGUGCAGUACUGCUGCAAGUAGAAAAAAGCACCGACGACAGGAAAUGAACAGCAUUAAAAAAAUAAUAAUAAAAUAUUUAUUAAGUUUAAGUAUAAUCAACCCUAGGUAUACUAGUGAUUAAAAGGCGAUGAGCAUAGUCUUGCGUCUCUUCAGUGUCUAUCGUUAACAUGUCAUCAGAAAGGAAAGAAAAAAACGUGAUGGCAGUUCUUGAAACUUUAUUAGCAAACUUUAUUUACCAUAUAUUUUAAAGUAGUAAUAAUUAUUUACAAUGUACUUUUUAUUUAUAGUACAUUAGAAAUAUUUUGUCUAGUUGUGCCUCUGUAAACAACUUUUUACAGUGAACAUCAUUUUUCGGUUCUAAACCGUAGAUUAGAAAUUUUGAUCACCUGGUGGCAAAAAUAAAGUUGUAAAAGCAGAAAAGCAUCUCAUGCGCUUGAGCAAGAAAUGGAGGAUUUGGUCUCUAAAAAUACAGCUUUACUGCGGCUCUUCUGUAGGCUUAUUCGCUGUGAGGAAUCUGUGGACUGGCUAGAAGGGUAUACAAAGGUAAAAAAAAGUGUUGGAUAGGGAGAGUAGCAAGAUACAAAUACAAACAAGUUAAUAAGUGUUAGGACAGUCUUUCAUGCUGCAGCUGUCACAGAUACGGAGGGCAGAUAGUGUAGCGAUCCUACUGUUCGGGCAGAUAGUGUAGCACGAGACAUCGUUCAUCACAAAUUCCUCAUGAAGAACGCUCGUCUGCUGCUGGAAGAAUCUGACGAAGAUGUUGUCGACCAACCACAGUCAACCUAUUGAAACAAAAGCACACUCCCUCUAGACCCUCCCCUGCUGUUCUCACCUGUGCACGAGCGAAAACAUCAGUGUGACAUUGCAACAACGUAUGCUUUGAGAAAUAAUUAAUUUAUUAUUUUUGUACCUUAUCCUGUGAUUCGUCAAGGUGAUUUAUUAUACAAAGGUUACUCCGGUUUUAUCGCAGAAGUAUUUUUUGAGUAUUAAACUGUGAGUACGCAGUGUGGUUCGUGUCCCUUGUCAUAUGUAUUCCUCCUCUGCCACUAAUUAUUUUUUUUCUCUAACUUUUUGACAUCGCUUGCUUUUAGAAAUGUUUACGAUAGUAACCACAGUGCGUGUAUUAUUUUACUGUACAGCAUCUUUGUGCGCAUAACCAACAAAUGCUGCAAAACAGCUUAAUAAUAAUUCCAUGAUUCUCAUGGCUUGAUACGAGAAUUAAAACAUUGUGAUUAUACUAUAAGAUCGGCCGACUGAGAAAUUCCUUUGUAAUUGAAUCCACUGUCCGCACAAUUUUCUUGAAAAUGCCGUCUGCUAUUUGGUGGCCUGAUGAGUAUAUUGUGUUUGAGUGUGCGUGCUCAUAGUACCUUUAUAAUAUUACAGUUAUUGCUAUGUUGAGAAUAUUUUUUUGGUUGAAAUAAACUAUUAAGCACAAA